UGGCUGGACGUCACUCUGGACUGAUCCGGAGAGCCUCAGUUAUUUGAGUGUGAAGUUACCAAAUGUUUUGUGAUUACAUAACCUAAACACAGUGCCAAAAUUUAAAGGAUUUGUUCUAUUGACAAAUAAAGAAGCCCUGGAGAUUCCAAAUGAGGCAAAUCAACCCAAAUCAAUGGCGUAUCUAGAAGCACCAGCAUCACUCAAACCGCCAUCAAAACUGACGAAAUCCAACCCUUUUCAUAUUAAGAGACCAAUGAACGCCUUCAUGGUCUGGUCGCGACUCCAAAGGAAAAAGAUCUCUAUGAUGAACCCGAAGCUGCACAAUUCAGAGAUAUCGAAGAGGCUGGGUCUUGAAUGGAAGAAUCUUAACGAGUCCGAGAAGAGGCCCUUCAUAGAUGAAGCGAAGAGGCUGCGAAUAAAACACAUGCAAGACUACCCCGACUACAAAUACCGUCCAAGAAGGAAGAACAGACUUGACACGACCACGUUCUCGAGCACAACCGUCUACUCUACAAGAGACACGUUCUUGGAAGUGGAACCGAGACCAGAUCCGAGCUACCAGAUCCCUUUGAGCUACUCUGACCAAUUGAUGUACAAUAAUAUGAUUAGUUACUCAGUUCCGACGAUCUCUCAGGCUACGUAUGCGCCACCAGUUAGAGCUAAGGAGGAGGUUUUGCCAAGUCUUGAUCUUCGGCCUCUACCGUCCAUUGAAAGCAUCUCCCCUCGCCCGUUUGCUGUCGUCAACCAACAGAUGAUGGUGAAGGCGUACCAGGAUCUGCACUAUGUCCCCGGUGACGUCGCCAGGAUCUCCUACCACUACCCAUUUGGAGUCCAGUAGAUGAAAGAAACACAAACACGAUUGCUAUCUAGUGUAAAGUAGAAUUAUCUAUCAAAUCAAAGGCCAAGCUUUUACGUGAUUAAUGAAAUAUGAAUGUAGUGAUUGAAUGUGGUCUCGUUGAUUAAAUCAAAAGUGAAAUAAAUAAUACUGGUAGUGAGUAG